AUGAAGGUCGUACUGGCAAAUCUCAUCUUGGUUAGUGCAGUGUGGGGGUCACCGAGGUUGGACCCGCUAGUGAACACAAAGAAGGGCCUGAUCCGGGGUCUCCAGGCGUCUGAUGGGGACUACUCCAUGUUCAUGGGCAUUCCCUAUGCGAGGGUUAACCAGAGCAAUCCGUUCGGGCCGUCUUUACCUUACCCCGAUUUCGACGAAGUGUUCGAGGCCUACGACGACUCAGCAAUAUGUCCGCAAGUUGAACAGUUCGUAAACCAAAUAGUAGGAUCCCUAGACUGUCUUCACCUCAAUAUAUACGUACCCAACAAGGCUACCUCUAGAAACCGUCUCCCAGUCCUCAUUUGGAUAUAUGGAGGAGCAUUCCAAAGAGGUUUCGCCGGACGCUUCUUAUAUGGGCCCAAGUAUUUAGUGAGAAAUGACAUCAUUCUGGUCACAGUCAACUAUCGAGUGGGUCCUUACGGCUUCAUGUGUCUGGACACACCGGAAAUACCCGGAAACCAAGGUUUGAAAGAUCAGUUGAGCGCUUUGCGAUGGGUGAAAGACAAUAUCGACGCGUUCGGAGGUGACGUAAACAAGGUGACAAUAAUUGGGGAGAGCGCUGGAGGAAAGUCUGUUGACUUCCAUCUUCAUUCAGCGCAGGAGAAAUUGUUCGACAAAGUUAUAAUACAAAGCGGAACAACCCUGUGCCCGUCGGCGGUACCAGAAGCCGACACAAGAGCUCCAAUGACAAUUGUCGAACAUCUUGGCUAUGAAGCUGAAGACAACGCAGACGCCCUGAACUUCCUAUCAACAGUCGAACCGAAGCUAGUUAUAGCGGCUGUGACAGAGCUCUCUCUUACGUUCCUUCCAUGUGUUGAAAAAGACUUCGAUGGUGUGGAGAAAUUUGUGGAAGUACACCCCAUCAAUAGCCAGAUACCAAAAGCUAAGGAUGUAAAAAUUCUCGCCGGCUACAAUAACAGAGAAAUGCUUGUUAGUUAUGGAAACAAAGCAUCAGGCUACGAAGAUAAUGUGUUUAAGAUAAACUUGGAAAAGACUUUCGAUUUAAGCGACAAUGAAGACCUAAUAACACUGGUUCGGCAGUUUUAUAUCGGAGAUGAAGAUAUGAGCGUUGACUUAAAAUGGGAUCUGAUGGACUUUGAUUCUGACUUUUCCUACAAUCACCCAGUACACAGAAGCUUACAGAAGUAUCUAGAAAACGAUGGAAUGGUCUACCACUAUAUAUUCUCAUACUCAGGCGGCAGAAACCUCUAUAAAUUCAAAAACAAUAUAACUGAAGUUGGUGCAGCCCACGCUGAUGAAAUUGGCUACCUCUUUGAUGUAUCAAUAAUGGACACUCCAUCCGAUGAAGAUCAGCUCGUCAUCGACAGAAUCACGAAGUUGUGGACUAAUUUCGUGAAAUAUGGAAUUUGGAAUUUGGAAUUUGGAAAUCAACUAGCGAUAGAAGUAAACGGAAAACGAAGGACUGUGCUAGGUGAAAAUGUGUUUUGUGGAGUGUGCCUAAGAAAGGCUAAAAAUGAAGACGAGGAUGCUUUGUUUUCAAAACAUUUAAAAGAUGCACAUGGCUUAGACGAUACACUUAAAACACGAACUUCGACCAUAAAAGAGUUUUUCACUCCAAGAAUCAGUGGCAGAAUCAGAGAUGGAAGUGGUAAGAGCGAUAAAUGGUCGCUGUCCCGAGAUUUGGCUCUUUGGUUUGCUAGAUCACUGAUGCCAUUUGAUACUGUAGAAAAUGAUGCAAUGAUCGACUUUUUAAAAAAAUACAGCGUUAUUGUUUCCGAUGCAGACUUGCCAUCGAGACACAAUAUUGCACGAGAAGGACUGGAAGAUGUGUACAACAGUAUGCUGGCGUAUAUAAAUGCUUUCAUUUCGAAACAAAGCUCGCUUCGGUGCCUUGACUGUCGAUAUGUGGACCGAUAA